UCACGUCUUUCUUCCCCAAUCGGAGAAGAAAGAGGACAACACUUUCCUUCUAACACUCCAAUAUCUCUUCAAAACCCGUAGAAAAUUCCAUAACCCGACCCGAAAAAAUGAUGAAUUUCCGGCCACCGGAUACUCGAACACGUCCAUCUAACGGUUCAAAUUCAUCCGUAACAGCAGAGAAAGCGUUGUCGUUUAUAUCAAAAGGAUGGCAAGAGGUACGAUCCUCUGCAGACGCGGAUCUACAGCUCAUUAAAAACCGAGCGAAUUCGUUUAAAAACUUAGCUGAUAGAGAAUUUGAGAAUUUCCUAAAUUCAGCUUCAAUAUCAUCGCCCUUUGUUGUUCCAGUAAUUACAUCAUCUGCCACUACGAUGACACCGGUGAAGGAGAUUGAUUUUGUUAAGAAGCUUAAACCCAAGCUUUCUGAGAUUCGUCGGGUUUACUCGUCGCCGGAGUUCAAGUGGCCAACACAGGGGAAGCUUAAGAUAGAUUUAUCAGCGAUAAAGAAUGCGAUUGUAUCGGAAGUGGAAGAGGAGGAGAGGUGGAGGAAGUGGAGGAGAGAGAGGCUUAAGGAAGAAGGGCAAUUUGGGGAGUUUAAUUGGGAGCCAAUUAAAGCUUUUAAAACUCGGUUAAGGGAGCUGGAGGUGGAGCUAACGGGAUCAAGUUCAUCCGCGGCGGAUAUUUUUGAAGGGAUUAAGAACAGUGAAUUUGUGGUGAAAGUGAAGUCAAGCUUGAAAUCAAUUUGCAAGGAACCAGAAGAGACAAAGGGAGUGCCACCACUUGAUGUGCCAGAACUGUUGGCAUAUUUAGUUAGACAAUCGAGCCCGUUUUUGGAUCAAAUUGGAAUAAAAAGAGAUAUAUCAGAGAAGAUAGUGGAAAGCUUAUACAGCAAAGGACAAAGCAAGCUUUUGCUACAUUCCUUACCCGGAGGAGAGUCCUCACUGAUUGAUAGUGAAAUUAUGAAUGAUGAACUAGAUUUAAGAAUCGCCAGUGUUCUUCAGAGUACUGGUCAUUGUUAUGAAGGUGGAUUUUGGGGAGAUGCUAAGCAGAACCCAGCAGGUGAUAAAAGACAUGUAGCAAUAGUUACAACUGCUAGCCUUCCUUGGAUGACGGGAACUGCUGUGAAUCCUCUAUUCCGAGCGGCUUACUUAGCCAAAUCAGAAAAGCAGAAUGUUACAUUGCUGGUUCCAUGGUUAUGUAAGUCUGACCAAGAGUUAGUUUAUCCAAACCAACUUACUUUUAGUUCUCCUGAAGAUCAGGAGCUUUAUAUACGCAAUUGGCUCGAGGAGCGAAUUGGUUUCAAGGCCAACUUCAAGAUUUCAUUUUACCCUGGAAAGUUCGCCAAAGAAAGGCGAAGUAUAUUACCAGCUGGAGACACUUCUCAGUUUAUCCCAUCUAGGGAUGCCGAUAUUGCAAUUUUGGAGGAGCCAGAACAUCUCAAUUGGUACCACCAUGGCAAACGUUGGACUGAUAAAUUUAACCAUGUUGUUGGCAUCGUCCACACGAACUAUUUGGAAUAUAUCAAGAGGGAAAAGAAUGGGGCUCUUCAAGCUUUUUUUGUGAAACACAUUAACAAUUGGGUCACGAGAGCAUAUUGUGACAAGGUUCUUCGCCUUUCUGCUGCUACACAAGAUUUACCGAAGUCUUUGGUCUGCAACGUUCAUGGUGUCAACCCAAAGUUUCUGAAAAUAGGAAAAAAAGCAGCUGCAGAUAGACAAAGUGGCGAGAAAGUUUUCUCUAAAGGGGCAUAUUUCUUAGGCAAAAUGGUAUGGGCAAAGGGAUACAGGGAGUUGAUAGAUCUGUUAUCAAAGCACAAAACUGACCUUGAUGGCUUUAAUUUGGAUGUGUUUGGCAAUGGCGAAGAUGCUCAUGAAGUAGAGAGUACGGCAAAGAGGUUAAAUCUCAAUGUCAACUUUAUGAAAGGCAGAGACCAUGCAGAUGAUUCUCUUCACGGUUACAAAGUCUUCAUAAAUCCUAGCAUCAGUGAUGUGCUCUGUACUGCCACAGCUGAGGCUCUUGCAAUGGGGAAAUUUGUAGUCUGUGCGGAUCACCCAUCUAAUGAGUUUUUCCAGGCAUUUCCCAACUGUUUUACUUACAAGACACCUGAAGACUUUGUAGCAAAAGUUGAAGAGGCAAUGUUUAGUGAGCCUCAUCCUCUCACUCCCGAGGAGCAAUAUAAGCUUUCAUGGGAAGCUGCUACGCAGAGGUUCAUGGAAUAUUCUGACCUCGAUAAGGUUUUGAGUAGUGAAACAAGUCUGGAUAGGAGACAUCGGAAGGGCAUGGGUAAAUCAGUUUCCAUGCCAAACCUAGAACAGAUGGUUGAUGGGGGUCUGGCGUUUGCUCACAAUUGUCUCACAGGAAAUGAGUUCUUGAGGUUGUGUACUGGCGCGAUACCUAGAACACGGGAUUAUGACCAGCAGCAUUGCAAUGAUCUCCGUCUCUUGCCACCUCAGGUAGAAAACCCAAUAUAUGGAUGGUAAAUAGAAUACGUAACUGACAUGUAUAUCAUUAUUUCGAAUGUGUAUUAUAGGAUGUUAGGUAAACUGGAUGCUGGUUAAUCCUUAGCUACAAUGCUAACGGUCUAGGUCUAUAUGCUUUCUAGCUAUUGAUGCAGUUAAACCCGCAGGGGUAGUUUAUAGGAUCAUACGUAAAGUUUAUAACUUGUAAUAGUCAUACCUCUCUUUUUCCAUGUUAAUGGUGUCGGGGGUACUCCAAGUUUAGGAUUAGGUUGUUUCUUAAAUUCUUUUGCAGUUAGAAAAUUUCCAUCAGCUGAAGCAACUGGUCACUUGGACUAUGCUUGUACGACUGUUAUUAUGUUGUAGUUGUGAUCUGUAGCUGCAUGAAUAUUACUCUAAAUUCCUUGA